GAACAUGAAGUAAUGAGGGGAAUGAUUAAUGUAAUACAGAAGCCCUUGCGAUACACACCUUAUCCAUUAGGUGGCGGUAAUGUUCCGAAACUGGAUUUGUAAUGCACUGUUUGAGUAAGCAAGAGACACACACGAAGAACAAAAAGCAGCGUGCUACAACAAUGAAGAUUUGUUGUGUUAUUAUAAUCAUGACAGGUCAUAUUUGUUUAUCUGCGCUUGAAGUUAUCCUUUCUUGCUGCAGGAAAUAAGAUGGUGGGACGCAGUACUAUAAUGCAUUUUGUUACCAUUAGUGGAACUCGGUGGCCUUAUGAACGUAAGUUAAUGUAGCCCGUUAAGGCAGCACAGCAUCGAUGUUAAUAAUAUUCACACAAAAGCGAUCUUUAGCAUGUUCUUUAUUACGCAAAAUGCUAACAGUAGGUAACCCAAAGCAUCCGUUCAUCAAGAUAGAUGCCCUUUGAGUGUCAUGCUAUUUAUAGACACGUAAAUGUGUAUUUUAAGUUGCGUGAUUUUGAUCCAGACUGUUACAUUUCCGUUGCUCGUUUGCUGGCACCACAUAAAAAUUGCCUUGCGCACUGUUAAGUAAAUGAAUGUUGGAGCCAUUAAAUUUCGAAUGCAUGGGGCCUAUCCUUAACUAAUGGAUUAUAUGUUUUAUUUGUUUACGUCUGGGGGGAGGGGAGUACUAACGAGUCAAAACAAGCCCACGUUAUUCGUUAGGUUGCUCUUCGCCCAGUUAAGUACAUACUAUUAUGUGAUUACUCUUCGAAAGCAUGUGCAUAGUUAUUAAUUGUGUUUACUAAGUGCGGAGGCGUCCAUCUUACUUUUCCGAACAGCCAAUCGCAAAGCUCCCGGAGCUGACGUCAUUUUAACGCAGAAGUGGUGUAAAAAAACUUUUUUUCUCCCCUCUAAUAAUUAAGUUGUGAUGGAUAGCUUGUUUAAAAUGCCACCCCAAAAGACUUCUGUUCGUAAUAAACCAAAGAGAACAAACAUAAUGAGGACCAUAGAACUAAAAAAAGAACUUAUUGCCAAAUUUGAAAGUGGGACACGGGUUUCUGACCUGGCUACUCAGUACAACAUGGCCAAGUCCACCAUAUCCACCAUAUUGAAAAAGAAAGAAGCCAUCAAAGCCGCCGAUGUGGCAAAAGGAGUAAAAACACUUACAAGUAGGAGGCAUUAUCCUAUGGAAGAUGUGGAAAAGCUUCUGCUGCAGUGGGUCACAGAGAGGCAGGCAAGGGGUGAAAAGGUGUCGGAGCCUAUCAUUUGUGAGCGUGCACGGCAGCUGUACAGCGAUCUGACUCGCGACAGCCCUGGGGACAGCCCGGAUGACUUCAAGGCAAGCAGAGGUUGGUUUGAAAACUUCAAAAAGAGAAGCGGGAUCCGCUACGUGGUCCGAAAGAAGGACACCCUUCGUGCCGAUAAGGAAGGAGCCAAGAAAUUUGUGGAGGGCUUUCAGGCAUUUGUCAGGAGUGAGGGCUUUCUACCCCAGCAAGUGUUCAACUGUGACGAGACUGGACUCUUUUGGAAGAAAAUGCCCAAGAGGACGUACCUCACGCGAGAAGAAAAGAGCCUCCCAGGACACAAGCCCAUGAAAGACAGGCUGACUUUGCUGCUCUGUGCUAAUGCUAGCGGAGACUGUAAAGUCAAACCUCUGCUGGUGUACCACUCGGGAACCCCAAGAGCCUUUAAAAAGAACAAUGUGCAGAAAAGCAAGCUGAGCGUCAUGUGGAGGUCCAAUCCCAAAGCGCUGGUCACUCGACAGUUUUUUACUGAGUGGUUCCAGGAGGUGUUUGCUCCCAGUGUGGCGGAAUACCUGACAGAGAAAAAUCUUCCGCUCAAGGCCCUUCUGGUCCUGGACGCCUCACUGGCUCAGCCGACAGGGUUGGGAGAAGACUGGAGCAGUGACCACGACUUUGUCGCGGUCAGGUUUUUGCCGCCUAACACCUCACCGCUUCUGCAGCCCAUGGACCAGCAACUCAUCUCCAACUUCAAGAAGCUCUACACCAAGGCACUUUUCCAACGGUGCUUUGAGGUAACCAUGGAGACCAACCUUACCUUGAGAGAGUUUUGGAAGGACCACUUCAACAUCCUCCACUGCUUGACUGUCCUGGAAAAAGCCUGGCAGCAAGUCACCAAGAGGACAGUGCAGUCGUCCUGGAGGAAGCUGUGGCCGGCCUCCACGAUGCCCAGGUUCUUUGAAGCCUUUGAGCCUGAUCCUGCUCUGGAAACUGACGUGGUGGAUGAGAUUGUCUCCCUGGGCAAGUUCAUGGGCCUAGAAGUCGACAGCGACGACGUGGAGGAGCUGGUUGAAGAGCACACCCUGGUGCUCUCCAACGACCACCUGCAGGACAUUCAGCAGCAAGACAUUCCCGAGGACGCCUCCUCCUCCGGGGAAGACGCGGGUUGGAAUGACAACAUUCCCACAGCGGAAAUCAAGGAGCUGCUGGGCUACUGGGCCAAGACGCAGAGUCUGGUGGCCAAGUGGCACCCUAGCGUCACCGUGGUGAAAAAGAACAUCAACCUGUUUGACGGAAACGUGGUGGAGCACUUCCGAGCCAUCCUGAAAAGUCGCAAGAGGCAAGCGGCUUUGGACAGCAUCUGCUCCAAGGAAGAAGCCAAUUGUGAGAGCAGCGGCAACAGUGGUGAGCUUCAAGCGUCGAUCAGUGGAGUUAAGAGAGGAAGGAAGGACUGUACGCUGGAAGGCAACUUGGGUCAAGUCUUCACAGAAGAGGACACGCCUUCUGCCGAGUGACAUUUGUUCUCUCCACUCCAUCAUAAUCAUCAUUAUCAUGUCUGUCACUUACAUGACUGUUAAGAAUAUAAUUUCCUCUCUAACAGGAAUUCAAAUGUGCAUUUUUUUAAAAGUGGCAGUAAUUGAAAGGUCAGAGCAUCUGGUCUGGCCACUGAGAUCAACCAGGAGUCAGUGGUCUUGGUUCCUGUGUAGACAGUGCAGGACACUUUGUUCUUACGCAUGUUAAUAGCGGGGAUGGGGACCCGAAUCCAACUGGCAGGGAUCCCUCCUCAGAACCAGACCAGACUUGGAACGUCAGACUUGAAGAAGCUAACAGUGGAUUGGACCUGGUGAGAGGUCCUAACAUCCGCCAAUGCUUCACACUCGUGAGCUAACCUGGGACCUGUGCCACCUUCAUCACUGCAACGAGCAACAUCUUCAACAGCAACACAACUCAUUUUUAUACAGAACAUAUA